GGUCAAGCGAGUGUUGCUGCGAUGGUGAUAGUAAUUAGUAAUUUUAUUGACGGUCGGUUCGUGCCUUGUGACAACCAUAUUGAAAGUUACAAUCCGGCAACCGGACAGAUAUUUGCGAAAGUGCCGGAUAGUGAUGAAACGGACGUAGCUGCAGCAGUCAAAGCAGCGAGAAAUGCUUUUCAAAAGUGGUCAGCAAAGGGUUUCGAGGAACGUUCUAAACUGCUUCACAAAGUUGCGGACAUUUUAGAAUCCAGAGCCAAAGAAUUCGCUAUCGCAGAAUCUCAAGAUCAAGGAAAAGCUCUAUGGCUAUCGGAAACAGUUGAAAUUCCAAGAGCUGUUUUGAACUUCCGACAUUUUGCCAAUACAAUUCUGUGCGAUAAAGAUACGUGCAUCAACCAGCCACAAGAUGGCGUUCUUAACUACACAGUGCGUGCACCCUGUGGAGUGGCAGCUAUCAUCGUUCCAUGGAAUCUUCCUCUGUACCUGCUGACAUUCAAGUUGGCCCCCGCUCUGGCUUAUGGCAACACAGUGGUUGCGAAGCCCAGCGAGUUCACCUCAGUCACGGCUUGGAUGCUGUGUUCGGUCAUUAAAGAAGCAGGCAUUCCUGACGGAGUUGUGAACAUGGUGUUCGGCUACGGUCAUAAAGCGGGAGAGGCCCUCGUUACCCACCCCCUAGUCCCCAUCAUUUCUUUCACGGGCAGUGACAGAGCUGGUCUGCAUAUAGCUUCUAUUGCUGGAAAAUUUGCGAAGAAAAUAUCCUUGGAAAUGGGAGGCAAAAAUGCUGCUAUUGUCUUUUCUGACGCAGAUUUGGACAAAUGUAUUCCAACUUUAAUACGAGGCAGCUUUCUAAACCAAGGUCAAGUAUGCCUAAGUACGAGCAGAAUUUAUGUCGAAAAAUCUAUAUUUGAUACCUUUGUUGAGAAGUUCUUAGCAGAAGUGAAAAAAAUCAAAGUUGGUGAACCUUUAAGCGAAGGUGUCUGGAUGGGUCCCGUAUGCAGCAAGAUUCAUUUUGAGAAGAUCAAAAUGUACCUGAAGAUAGCCGAGGAGGAAGGCGCACAUUUUCUGACCGAUGGGCAACAUCUCCAGCUACCAGACAAAAAUAAACAAGGUUAUUUUAUCGGUCCUACCGUCCUCAGUGGCUUGCCCGACACAUGUCGUUGCAUGCAAGAAGAAAUAUUCGGACCUGUCACCUGCCUUUCGACUUUUCAAGAUGAAAAGGAAGUCAUAGAUCGAGCCAACAACGUCAACUACGGACUGAGCGCCAGUCUGUGGUCACGAGAUAUUGAGCGGAUCCAUUCUAUCGCACCUAAACUAGAGGUUGGCACUGUCUGGUGCAACUGUUGGUUGGUGAGAAAUCUGCACAUGCCAUUUGGUGGGACAAAGAUGUCAGGUGUUGGAAGAGAAGGAACGGAAGACUCCAGAGAAUUUUACACAAACAAGAAAACAAUUUGCGUGAAAUAUAAAACAACAACUAGCAAUCCAUUUUUGUAAGGAAGAAGUAAACAGGACAGGAGAGUGAUCGACAGCCUUCUUUUGAACGUGGCGAGCACAAGAUGAAGCAAAAGGAACAAAUAAAUAUGAAAACUGAAGUUCAAAACACGAAGCGAAAUAUGUUUUUAAAUCUUGGAACAUGAUUUUUAACAGAAUAAAAUGAAAUACACAAAAAAUUAAUCUAAUCAUAAAAGUUUUUAAGGAAAUGCACACCUUUAGGAGUUUUUUUUCCCCCUUCCUGAGUUGGCUACCAAGAAGUAUUGUUCCAAAAUGGUUAUACAAAAUUUUAAUGUGGAUUUUACAAUGACAAAUCCCACUAUUUGAAGUAUGCUUUAUUCUGUUCAAUAAAAACGCUUUUAAAGUUUACUCGUAUUGUAUAUUUGAUGAGACAUCAAAUAUUGAGAAAAAAAAUUUAAGGAGUGAAGUAAAUGCGAUAAUGAACUUGUACCAGUGGUGGUGAAAUCUGUCAACAGCGCAUCCAAUCUUGCUUCGUCACCAAAACUUGAAAACUUGUGAAGCUUGAACUAGUGAUUCAACGAAUAGUGUUUUGACUUAUUACCGAACAUUC